GCACAUGAGAAGUAACGCCCUCCGUUGUCGGCUUCAAAAGCAGAGAGGAAAACAACGAAAUUGACCAAAACCUCAAAAAACCAACAACUACAUUUGCCUACUCAUUAAAAGUAUUAAACACUUUGUUACGCCUUACAAAAACCACAACAACAAGAAGAAGAAGAAGAAAAAGAAAGCCAACUUCUAAAACGACAUCGAUUACAAUGUCGUCGUUCGCUUUCUCUUUCACUCCAGCUCCCUCCUCCUCCUCCUCCACCUAUUCCCCUUUUUCUUCUUCCAAAACUAACCCUCCCUUCUUCGCUUCCUUUUCUUCUUCUUCUUCCUCAUUUUCUCUUCGUCUUGCUUCACCUCCCUCCUUUUCUUCCUUCUCUUUCGGAAUCAACCGCCGCACAGAUCCCGCUUUCGUUCUCCAUUCCACCGUCGAAGUCGCCGGCGGCGGCGGCGAUCACGGAUCCAUCGGCGGCGGUCAUGGAGGAGGUGGUCACGGCGGAGACGACGACGGCAAUGCGGGCGAGCACGGGAGGAAGAAGGAGGCGAUGAUGGUGCUGGCGGAGGCAGGGAGGUCGUUGGAGAGCGUGCCUUCAGACUUGGCGGCCGCCAUCAAGGACGGAAAGAUCCCCGCCUCCGUGGUGUCACGGUUCUUGGAGCUUGAGAAGAAUCCAUUCUUCCGGUGGCUUCUUCAGUUUGGUGGAUUCAAGGAGCGUCUUCUUGCCGAUGAUCUCUUCCUCGCUAAGGUUGGCAUGGAGUGUGGCGUUGGCAUCUUCACCAAGACUGCCGCUGAGUAUGACCGCAGGAGAGAAAAAUUCUUUGACGAGCUGGAAAUAGUUUUCGCAGAUGUGGUGAUGGCCAUACUUGCAGAUUUCAUGUUGGUUUAUCUUCCUGCACCUACCGUGUCUCUUAGACCGCCGCUUGCAAUCAAUGCAGGCCCCAUUGCUAAGUUCUUCCACAACUGCCCGGAUAAUGCAUUCCAGGUUGCUCUCUCUGGGACAUCAUAUUCUUUGUUACAGAGGUUUGGUGCAAUAGCGCGUAAUGGGGCUAAGCUUUUUGCUGUUGGAUCUGCAUCAUCACUGGUCGGGACAGCUGUGACAAAUGCCUUGAUUAAUGCAAAGAAGGCUGUUGAUAAGUCUUCCUCUGGAGAAAUCGAAAAUGUUCCAAUAUUAUCUACCAGUGCUGCCUAUGGUGUCUAUAUGGGAGUUUCUAGCAACCUCAGGUACCAAGUACUUGCUGGAAUUAUAGAACAAAGGAUUUUGGAACCAUUGCUGCACCAGCACAAACUCAUGCUCAGCGCGCUUUGCUUUGCUGUUAGAACCGGCAACACUUACUUGGGUUCAUUAUUGUGGGUGGAUUAUGCUCGAUUUAUCGGGGUUCAGUAGGGCGCAACACCAACGGCACAGGGUUUGGAAUUUGGAUACCCUCUUUGUUGAUUGACUUCCAAGUUUUUUGUUUCAAGACCGUCAUUUUGCUUCAAUAGUGGCCAUCACAAAAACAAUUUGUUUUUCUUGGGAGGUUUGGUCAUAGGAAUAGUCCAUUAGAUUUUUAUUUAUAUGCUCAUUGUUUGAGCACGCUACGUUAUUUUUUUUUUCUCUCUUGUUUUCCUCAUUCAAUUGAUGAUAAGAGGAUGUUCACAUAAUUUUAAACACAAGCAUAAACAGAUUGAAGGAUAUUGAAGGAACAAUAUUUCUUUUCUUUUUUCAAUAAUAUCUAGCAUGAGGUACUGGUUUUGCAUA